GCCACAAUAAACUGCUUCAUAGUUCAAGUGCAGGGCAGUACCCAGCUGCCAAUGCUUUUGAGAGUUAAAGGAACAAGACGUCUGUAGUUAUCAACUGCUUCCUGUUUUAGAGCCAUCUGACAAACAUGGUUGUUCCAGGGCUUCAAGACAAGGACGAGAAAGUAUAUUUUCCUCCAGAGGAUCUGCAAAUGGCUGCUCAUGUGCCUGAUUUUAACUCAUAUCUUGCCAUGUACAAAAGGUCCACUGAGGAACCUGAAGAGUUCUGGAGGGAGGUUGCUCAGGAGUUUUACUGGAAGAAACCCCCCACAGGCCAAAUGCUGCAGUAUAACUUUGAUAUGACCAAGGGCCAGGUUUACAUCAAGUUCAUGGAAGGUGCCAAGACAAAUAUGUGCUACAACGUGCUAGACCGCAACGUGCUGGACCGGAACCUGGGCGAGAAGGUUGCAUACUACUGGGAGGGGAACUCACCUGACCAUCAGCUUACUAUCACAUACAGCCAGCUUCUAAAGCAGGUGUGCAGAUGUGCCAAUGCUCUCAAGCAGCUGGGUGUGAAGAAAGGAGACAGAGUGGCCAUUUACUUGCCUAUGAUCCCCGAGCUUGUGUUCAUCAUGCUGGCCUGUGCUCGAAUAGGGGCCGUGCAUUCGAUUGUGUUUGCAGGGUUUUCUUCCGAGUCUCUGGCUGAGAGGAUCGUGGACGCUCAGUGUAGCAUCUUGGUGACGGCAGAUGGUGUUUACAGGGGAGAGAAGCUAAUCAACCUGAAGCAGAUCGCAGACCAUGCCUUGGAGCACUGCAGAGAAAAAAGCUCCUUUACAGUCCAGAAAUGUCUUGUAGUGAAGCAUCAUGCCUUCAGGACAACCAAUACCUGCAAUAAGCUACAGACACCGUGGAAUGCAGAGUGUGAUGUGUGGUGGGACGACGUUGUGAACAGUGCAUCAGAGGAGUGUGAGCCUGAGUGGCUGGAUGCUGAAGACCCGCUCUUCAUCCUCUAUACCAGCGGGUCCACGGGCAAACCCAAGGGUAUACUGCACACUAUUGCUGGCUACCUGCUCUACACAUCUCUUACAUUCAAAUACGUCUUUGAUUAUCACCAUGACGAUGUGUACUGGUGCACAGCAGACAUUGGCUGGAUCACAGGCCACUCCUACAUCACAUAUGGUCCAUUAGCCAAUGGGGCGACCAGUGUGCUGUUUGAAGGCAUUCCAGUCUACCCUCACGUGGGCAGGAUUUGGGAGAUUAUAGAGAAGCACAGAGUGUCUAAGUUUUACACAGCGCCCACUGCCAUCAGGCUGCUUAUGAAGUUCGGAAGCGAGCCACUGCAAAAAUAUGAUCUGUCCAGUUUGCGUGUUCUGGGGACAGUGGGAGAGCCCAUAAACCCGGAAGCCUGGCUCUGGUACCAUGAUGUCGUGGGUCAGGGUAGAUGCCCCAUAGUCGACACGUUCUGGCAAACUGAGACGGGAGGUCAUGUUCUGACUCCACUGCCUGCAGCAACACCACUAAAGCCAGGAUCUGCAACGUUACCGUUUUUCGGUGUGCAGCCCACAAUCCUGAAUGAGCACGGAGAGGAGCUGGAGGGAGAGGCCGAGGGCUACCUGGUUUUCCGGAAACCCUGGCCAGGCAUCAUGAGGGGCAUUUAUCAAAAUCCAGAACGAUUCCAGAGCACUUACUUCAAAAAGUUCCCAGGGUUUUAUGUGACAGGAGAUGGAUGCAGGAGGGACAAAGAAGGCUACUACUGGAUCACUGGCAGAAUAGAUGACAUGCUCAAUGUCUCAGGUCACUUGCUGAGCACAGCCGAGGUGGAGGCGGCGUUAUCAGAACACCCGGCUGUGGCUGAAGCGGCCGUGGUCAGCUGUCCUCACACUGUGAAGGGCGAGUGUCUCUACUGCUUCAUCACGCUUAAGGACAGCCAGGAAUUCAACCACACUUUCAAGGAGGAACUCAAGAGGAAAGUGAGAGAGAAGAUUGGUCCGAUAGCCACUCCAGAUUUCAUCCAGAAUGCCCCAGGCCUCCCCAAAACCCGCUCAGGGAAGAUCAUGCGGCGUGUCCUGAGGCAGAUCGCCCAAAAUAAGAAGGACCUGGGUGACCUUUCCACUCUGGCUGACCCCAAAGUUGUGGAAGUGCUCUUCAGUCAGAGGUGUGAAGCAGCAGUGUGAGAGCUUCAAGCCACAUCUCAUGCCUUUCUGACCGGUCCUGGAACAGCUUUAAUAAAAAUAAAAAACAAAAUUCACACUGGCCUGUAGUGGGUUAGCUGAUACUAAAUUAGAAGCAGAGAGACAUUUCUUUCACCUUAUUGGUGAUGGAGUUUAGGUUUUUCUUCCAACCUCGAUCUAAAAAUUAGCACACAAGCAGGCACAACUUGAUAGAAUCACAGAAGUUUCAGAACUAACUGGCCGUGUGUUCCGUUAUCUCAAGAAGGUACCCAAACAGAGAUGUCCUGUAGAUAUCCUUGCCUUUCCAAUGGCUCCGGAGCCUGACCCUCCCCCCUCUGUUUUGGGUUGCCUAUCAAAGAGCAACUUAGAUUACUUAUAUUUAUGUUGUCAUGCCCCCAUUUUGUAUCACCAGCCACUGUACACUGUAAUGUAAUCACAAACGGUCCAACCGCUAGAGAGACAUAGAAACUAGCCAUGAUAGCCUGCAACAAAGAAACUAGACAAGUACAUUUCAGUAUGUCAGUAUUGCAAAUUGCACUUUCACAAAGGUACACAAUUAUUAUUAUAGGUCUGGACUUUAGUAUGCUUUAAACCCCUUCCCUUAUACCUGCAGUUCCUCUCUCUCUCUCUCUCUCUCUCUCUCUCUCUCUCUCUCUCU